AUGACGGCGCGCAGCAUCGGGUCGACGAGCAGGAGCAGCUGGCUCAAGUCUAUCGUGAUGCUGCUUCUCAUUUGGCACAAUGCUUUCGCGGUUUUCUUCCCUCGCUGCACAUUGGGAUUUGCGGCACCCGCUGGAAGAGGACAGAUGCCUCGCCGAAGUCUCCCAGAGUUUGUCUCAGCAGCCUUUGAUAUAGCUCAGGAUCCAAGUGUCCAAGCGGCAUGGGGCCUCGUUGUGACCAGCCUUGAUGGACUGAAAUCUGCUGCAGAUUUGUCAGAAGCCUUUGGACAAGUGCUGAAGUUGUCCAACACAUGGGAACAGCAGGCACUCUUUGAGGGUAACGAUUUACCGGAGCACGUUUCAAGGUUGACCAAGGAUAUUGAAGAGAGGCUACAGAAAGGUCAGAACGUGUUGAUCCCUGGUGCGCAAGAUGGAGAGUUACCUGCACAGCCCGUAAGAGGCACGCCUUUCGAAAAGCUGAUGACUGCCGUGCUCCAGAACAGCAGGCUGAUUGGCACCUUUGCAGUGUAUGCGGAGCCAGGUGCUGGAAAAUCAACUGCUGCAACCUUGGCAGCGCUCGAGCUCUCGGAAAGGCUGCCGACGGAUUUGAUUGUUCUUCUGCAGAACAACUAUGACCUACAGCUCAAAAGGUUCUUCCGGCUGUCGAAUGUUGAGUUCACAGCGGAGGUUGCCCGAGCCCUGUUCGCCAGUCUGAGGCAGAAGGGUAUCCGACUCAGGUUGAUGUUUGACAACGUCCUGGAUAGCGCCAUGGGUCGACAAGAUGAAGAUACGACUAGAGUGCUCGCCAGAGCUGCAGCUGAGCACGCUCACCAGGUCGUCUUCCUGGUGCAGAGUGAAAAUUCUGCUGCUGCCAUUGCUGGUCUCAACGGUGAUACCACAAGUAUCCCACCCCAGCAGACUCGCGCAGCAGCAGCUUACCGGUGGUCAAGAGAGGAGACGCUGGAUUUAUUGCAGGGAUUAGGCCUCAGCAAAGAAGCAGAUGAGAUUCUGGAGCAGUCGCAGAUUCCCGAUGAGUUUGGCGGUUGGAGACCUCGGAGUACAAAGAUCUACAUUCAGACCCGUCGGAAGCCCACUGCACCUCGCCCUGCUCCAGGCACAGGCGCUUCCUCGGCGCCAUCCACCAUCGUCUGGGUGCGGGAGCUGAUCCGCAAGGACACCCAAGAGUACACGCUAUCCGGCGCCAACGCCUUCAAAAUUAAGGAGGCCGUGACAGAUGUGGAUGAUCUUAAGGAGGCGAUCGAAAAAAAGGAGAAAUUACGGAUUGCAGCAUCCAAGAUUUUGAUUUUCAGCCGCCAGGAGGACGGGGAGUGGAGGCAGGAGGAAGAAGACGCCGCGGUCAACCGUGGUGCAACGAAGUCUGACAGUUAUGGUUUCGUCCUGCCCGACGCGAGCCAGCCGCCCUCGUGA